AGAGGAAGAAAACGGAAAAAAGCAAAAGGAAAAAUCAAGAAAAGAAAGGAGACCACACGCUUUUGGGGAUAAACCUUUCUUCCCUUUCAAGAAUUUUCCGAAGUUCAAUCUCACACCAUAGCUUCUGUAGCAGAUCCCCUCGCCGUUAAUCACCAAAAUCAACAUCAUCACCGCCGUCCUUUUUUUCCGGAACUGAUUCACUCACGUACUACACCGGUGUAAAACAAACACCUUAGAAAUCAAUCCAAAUAACACCAGAAAAACUAUCAAAUAAUUAAUACCAUAUAAGCAUUGGGUCAUCAACAGACAGAGUCGAUUUGGCGUCUUAGUCCAGCUGAGUUGAGUUCCUGCUCGUACCACUUGCUGUCGCACCUUGAGUUUCGUACAGGUAGCAGAACUUCAGAAGCAUAAGAAAAAAGUCGGAGCAUGAAUUGGGGAACAGCGUCGGCAUCCAUUUCACUUUCACUUUUCAUAAUCUCGGCACCAAAUCCAAUUAUAAAAGCGAGGCCUCAAUUACGAUGCAAACCCAUAAUUACAAAAUCAAACUUUGACGGCAAGUGCAGGGCGCUGGGAGAGUCACAGUCCCAGACGACCAAACCUACAGUUUAUCAAGGGGUUUAUGGCCCUUGGACUAUUGAAGACGCCGAUAUUCGAGAGGUAAUUUUAUAUAGAUCGGGAUUAGUAAUUGCGGCUGCAUCAUUUGUUCUUGCAUCUUCUACGGCUUUGCUUCCCAAUGAUUCAGUCUUGAGCAACUUGAUUGGGAGAAAUCUUGAUUUAUUUUAUGCAAUUGGAUCUUGCGGACUUGGUCUGUCAUUAUAUCUUAUUCACAUUUAUGUGACUGAAAUUAAACGUACUCUUCAAGCUUUAUGGUUGCUGGGUGCUCUCGGUUCAUUGGCAACAUAUUCUACCCUUGCUCAACCGGCUGGCAUGAAUUUAGUUCAAUAUGUUAUCGAGAAUCAAACAGCUGUUUGGUUUGUCGGACCGCUAUUUGCAGCAUUGACAGGACUUGUCUUCAAGGAAGGACUUUGCUAUGGAAAGUUGGAAGCUGGCAUUCUGACAUUUGUCAUCCCUUCACUCCUACUUGGGCACCUGACUGGUCUGAUGGAUGAUGGAGUAAAGAUCACCCUAUUGAGCACAUGGAUGGCACUGUUUGUGCUCUUUGCUGGGAGGAAGUUCACUCAGUCUAUCAAGGAUGAUAUUGGAGACAAAUCAGUAUUCAUAUUCAACGAUUUGCGAGAGGAAGACAAAGCUAAUUUGAUUGAGAAGCUUGAGCAGCAACGGCAAACUAUGAAAGAGCCUUGAUUAGGAUGUAUUACUGAUCUUAUCCCUCAUUGAAAAUAUUACUUGUAUAGUUGUAAACGACUUGUCCAAAUAUCUCUAUAAGAAAGAGCAUUGGCAGGUAACACUUG